CUCAAUUCUAUCAUUAUCUCUAACAUUUGAAACCCUAAUCCUAGCACUUACUUUCACUUUUGGCAGUCCUUCCCCCAUAUUUUUUGCCACUCCUCAACCCGUCCAAGCCAACCCUGCUAGCCCUAAUUUGAACACCAUCCUUAAAUCUCAAUUCUACUAUCAUUCUUAACAUUUGAAACCCAAAUCCUUAGCCUCUACCUUCAAUUUCUAUGGCACCAUUGCUCUUGUGCCCUCUUUUAGCUGGUGAAUGUGAAUUGGAGGAUGAUUUUGAUGUCAACGGUGAUAAUUCUGCCCAGCUUCUUGCAGCCGCAAAUGCUGCUAAUAAUGCUCAAGCCAUCAUCACAACACUUUUGGAGGAGUAUGAGAACAUUUUUUAUGCUUUUGGAGGUGAUGAUUCAGAUGUUGGAUCCCCCAGGAUUAAUCUCACAGCAACAGCAAAAUCAAAUCCUCCUGUAGAUUCUCAGUCACUUAGAGAGUCUGACAUUCAAUUAAAUAUGUUUCUUUUAGAUUUUAUUUUAUUAUUUUAUUUUUUUUAGGAUUUGGGUGAAUUUUAUAAUUUAAAUAUGUUUUUAUGAACAUGUACAAUUUAAUUGUUCUUUGUAAAAUAUUGAAUUUGAUGGUU